GGCGCAUCUGGUGGGCCGCGCGGCGCGCCAGUCAUCCGGCAGCCAUGGCCGAGGAGGGUGUGGACUCGGGACCGGGCGCCGGCGAUACCAACACGCCGUUUGGACGCGGCCAGCGGGGCCGCAAAGGAGCACUCAAAAAGAAGAAUGUGUUUGAGGUGAAGGACCACAAGUUCAUCCCGCGCUUCUUCAAGCAGUUCACGUUCUGCAGCCACUGCAAGGAUUUCAUCUGGGGCUUCGGAAAGCAGGGAUUCCAGUGCCAAAUCUGCAGCUAUGUCGUCCACAAGCGCUGCCACGAGUUCGUCACAUUCAAGUGUCCCGGCGCCGACAAGGGCGCCGACUCGGACGACAAGCGAACAAAGCACAAAUUCAAGGUGCACACCUAUAGUAGUCCAACGUUUUGCGACCACUGUGGAUCUCUUCUAUACGGAAUCAUUCACCAGGGCAUUAAGUGUGAAGCGUGUGAUAUGAACGUACACAAACGGUGCCAGGACAGCGUACCGAACCUCUGCGGGUGCGACCACACCGAGCGACGGGGGCGGAUAGAGCUGGGCAUCACCGCAUCCGGCAACAAACUCACCGUCGAAAUCCGGCAGGGUAAGAACCUGAUCCCGAUGGAUCCGAACGGCUACUCGGACCCCUACGUCAAGCUGAAGCUGAUCCCCGACCAGGAUUGCUCUAAGCGCAAAACCAAGACCAUCAAGACGUCGCUGAACCCCGUCUGGAACGAGACGUUCACAAUUGAGCUGAAGCCUGAGGACAAGGACCGCCGGCUGCUGGUUGAAGUCUGGGACUGGGACCGCACAUCCAGGAACGACUUCAUGGGAUCACUGAGCUUUGGUAUCUCGGAGGUCAUCAAGGCGCCAGUGGACGGCUGGUUUAAGCUACUCACUCAGGACGAGGGGGAGUUCUACAAUGUGCCGGUGCCGCCCGAGGGCACCGACAUCAUGGAACUGAAGGAACGCGCAAGGAAGACAUCGCUGACGAUCCGGGCCAGCUUCUCGGAGCACAAGGACAUUCCCCACAACAUGGGCAAGAAGGACAUGAUCCGGGCGACCGACUUCAACUUCCUCAUGGUGCUCGGAAAGGGCAGCUUCGGCAAGGUGAUGCUGGCGGAGCGACGAGGCACGGACGAGCUGUACGCCAUCAAAAUCCUGAAGAAGGACAUCAUCAUCCAGGACGACGACGUCGAGUGUACGAUGAUCGAGAAGCGAGUGUUGGCGCUGGCCAGCAAGCCGCCCUUCCUCGUCCAGCUCCACUCCUGCUUCCAAACUAUGGACCGGCUUUACUUUGUCAUGGAGUACGUCAACGGCGGCGACCUGAUGUUCCAGAUCCAGCAGUUCGGCAGGUUCAAGGAGCCCGUCGCCGUGUUCUACGCGGCUGAAAUCGCCAUCGGCCUGCUAUUCCUGCACUCGAGGGGCAUCAUCUACAGAGACCUGAAACUCGACAACGUGCUGCUCGAUCAGGACGGACACAUCAAGAUCGCUGAUUUCGGCAUGUGCAAGGAAGGCAUCGAGGGCAACAAGACGACAAAGACCUUCUGCGGCACACCGGACUACAUCGCACCUGAGAUCAUCAUGUACCAGCCGUACGGCAAGUCGGUGGACUGGUGGGCCUACGGCGUCCUCCUCUAUGAGAUGCUGGUCGGCCAGCCGCCCUUCGACGGCGAGGACGAGGAAGAGCUCUUCGCCGCCAUCAAGGACCACAACGUCUCCUAUCCAAAGUGUAUCAGCAAGGAGGCCAAGGAACUAUGCAAGGGGCUGCUGACCAAGCAGCCGUCCAAGCGGCUGGGCUGCUCGCCGACCGGCGAGGCCGACAUCCGCGACCACCCGUUCUUCCGGCGAAUCGACUGGGAGAAGAUAGAGUCCCGGGAGCUGCAGCCGCCCUUCAAACCGCGUAUCAAGCACCGCAAGGACGUCAACAACUUCGACAAACAAUUCACCUCGGAGAAGACCGACCUGACGCCGACCGACAAGCUGUUCAUGAUGAACCUGGACCAGACAGAGUUCUCCGGAUUCUCCUAUCUCAACCCUGAGUAUAUACAGCACGUCUGAGGUCGUCCCUUGGGGUCGUCAGAGUCAUCUGAGGUCACCAGGAACGUAGAGGUUACCUGGGUCAUCUGAGGUCACCAGGAACGUCAGAGGUCACCUAUAUCGUCAGGGGUCACCAGGGGCGUCAGAGGUCACUCAGGUCGUCAGAGGUCAACGUCUGAGGCCAAUAAGGUCAUCUGAGGUGAACAUAGACCUAAAAGGGACUCCAGAGAUGCGGCAUGGUGGAUGCUAGUGCGGAAUAAUUCCGGAAAUCAGAGACCGUUGGUCACUGGUUCGUGGUCACUGAUUGUUGUGUAGCUGCUGGGUGGGAGCUUAGGUGGAGAGAUAGAGAGGGAGGGAGAGAGAGAGAGAGAGAGAGAGAGAGAGAGAGAGAGGGAGAGAGAGAGAGUCGAGAGACCAGUGAUACGAGGACCGAGGGCAGCAGCAGCAUCCACAGAUCGCCUCUCAUGUCUGCCGAGGACAGCGUGUGUAGUGUAACGUAUGCCGAUAUUUCAGCUGAUGAACUACUAGUCCAAGAUGGAUAUUAGGGGAACAAUGACGCAGAUAGGAGGCCAGAAUCUCGAUGUGUGUCUCGCCUGUACGGGGGCCGUGCCUACCGCACUGACCAGGGGCGCCCGAGCUUCCAGCAGUGUAUGUAUGCGUGGCUGCGUGAGUAUGUGCUCGUCAGUGUGUGAUCCACUUUUCGAGAUGUCCAAUCAGUGUUUAUUAGGUGUGCGGCGUUAGGGAAACAGAAGAUGAAUAUUCGAGGAAUAGUUUAAAUGUGUAAGCGCUGGCCGCAGUAUUUCGCUAUCAUUCAGCAAUCGCGUACUCGAUGUGCGAACUGCUUUCAGUUUGAGGUUAGUGUGACAUGUUUUAUUGUUCCACUGUGAAGUAUAUUAACGGCCACGUGUCAGGGCUCGACUUAGCUACACAGACCGGGAAGAUAUGCAUAUGAUACUGUCAGAGAUACGAUCCGCGCUGUCCGUCUCCAAUCGUGCCGCAGGAUACCAACUGAGAGCGUCGUAAGCCGCGCGUUGUGCAGUGUUACAGCCCUUUAUGUGAGAGUCAACCGCCACGGAUUCUACCGCCAUCUCUGGCUGUAUGUAUGUAACUAUAUUCCAGUGUAAUUUUGAGUAGCUGUGUAGUCUAUAUCGUGUCUACGUACGCCUAAUAGGCGUCUCCACUUAUAUGCAUUCGUGUUUAUUAUUAGCUCGCUAGGCCGCUGCUCGGCGAUGGAUUAUUGGAGAGCCGCGGCCUGGGAUUAUGGGAGCCCGCCAAGAUCGUCCUUGGCUUGGCAGGUAUGUCGAGCAGAAGGGCCCAGGAAGCGCCCCUGUGCAGCGUGCAGUGGGUAGAGGUAGGCCGGAUGCAAUGCAAAAGUCACGAUAUAUAGAGCGGGGCGGAAUUCGCCAUGACCGAGGACGGGACUCUGUUCAGACCAAGAACAAAAGUCAGUAGGUACAGGUCUCGCGAGAUUAAGCGGUAGGUUUUGCACUUUUACAUUUCCGGUUAUAUCUCAGAAACUAAUCGAUCUACGAUGAAGCCAUUUUACACGAUCAUGGCCGGCUUGUUACCCAACAAGUCGAUCGCAUCUUCAACACUUAAAAGCUUAAGACGACGAAGAUAUAGCUUGAAGUACACUAAAUUUUCUAGGUGCAAAACCUACCGCUAAAACCCGCGAGACCUGUACCUACUGACGAGGACAUGCCGCAGUAAAGGCAGGGCUGGACCCAAAGGAUGCAUAUUACAGAGGAAGGGCGGGAUUCAGAUCAGACGUGGGGUAGGACUCGAAGGCAAAAGUAAGUUGGGACGCAGGCCAGGAGAAGUGCAGGUUACAGUACAGUGGUAUGACGAAUACUCAGAAGAUAAUGAGGAAGAGAGGAACUCAAUAGAUUCAGAGACAGAGUUGGGGCUGAACUCAGAAUUCAGAGGACCGUUUACGAGCCGGGCCACGGAGCGGCGGCGGCCGACCGUACCGUGAUAUGUUGUGGGCCCGUGGCUACCAGUGUCUUUAGUGGGUGUGCAGCUAAACAGGGGCGCCCGGUAGUGGCGAAGUCUUCCCCUGUCCAGGGGCAGUGUGAAUGAUUGCAGGCGCGCGCUCGCGUGGCGUAUAACCCCGCGUCGAGGCCGAACGCGGACGAUAGGUAAAUGUCAUCGCAUUUUCUCUGUCAUCGUGGUAUUUAUGCUGGUUGUUAUUCCCCAUACUUGUAGAGAAAGGUAGCGAAUUCUCGGUGUUUGGGAGCGGAUGAGCUGGUAGAUACGAGUGAGUGACUGGUGCGCUGAAUUCGCUACUACCAGCGACACCUGGAGUGAUGCGCCGUCCUGGGGCGACGUGUAGGUUACACACUAUUCCCGCGUACCCUGCGGGCUAUUCCAGGCUUCUCGGCCGCCCACUGACAGAUUGGGAGGACUCUGCCAGUGUCUCGGCCGGCCGCUGACGUUAUGUGAAUAUACGAUACUGACCCAA